AUGGUCUUCAUCCACCGGUCAACCGACGACGAAGCUUCGAGACCAAUCGGCGCUCACGGCCUCUGGGGAAAGGCCAAAGACACGCGCGAGACUAAACGACAGCCAGCCUUGUUUCCGGCCGAGACACACCGACCUCAGCGAGGGGGGGAGGAGGAGGAGGAGGGCCCCAAAUCAGCUUCAUCAGAUGUUCGGGUUGGUAGCCAUGCCCGAACAGCAGCUUCACCUGGACUUUGGAGACGUCUCGACUCUCGACAGUCUGUCCAAAGGACAGAGCUCAGCCCAGCUCAGCGCAUCUGGUUGGUUAGAACGCACGCCCCAACCGACGAGCAAAUGAUGAUCUCGAUGGCUUCCCGAGACGGCAAUGAGCUGCGGCGAGACGUAGUGCCCGUCUGA